AGAAUUCUGUUUGUCUGUCUCUGUCUUCGUGAUACAGAUACACACGUGUUUGUGUUUAAGUUUUGAGGGCAAUAUGUGCCUCUUGUCGACAAUUAAUAAUUUAUUGAUCAACGAGUUCAUUGUAGAUGCAUAGAUUGUACUCCGAUUUUCUUUCCUCUCAUGGUUCUUUGAUUGAUUGCCUGAGUGUGGGACAACGUUUUCCAUUUUAAAUGACGAUGGAUCACGAAGUAGCGGAGGGCGGCUGCAAAAACUGCAGCGUUUUACGAAACGAAAUUGACAAAAGAACGGUACAGUUGGAGAACAGCAAUGCCCAGCAACUAGCUGGUUUCUUGACUCUAAAACAGAAAAUAAUCGGCACUGAUAAAUUAAUUCGAGAGUACCAGUCCUCCAAAGUGGAAUGUGAUAUCCUAACAAGAAAGAAUGAGGAGUUUGUUCAUCUUAUUGACCAACUUCAUCGGGAUUUGAAUACUCGUAAUCAAGAGUAUGCAAAAGUUAAUGGUAGCAUUGAAUUGUUAAAAAAGGCUAAUGCAGAUUAUGAAAUGAAAUUCGAAGAGUUGAACGAUGAAGCUCAAAAAUGGAAGUCUCAAGCAGAAGCAGGAGAAAACUUCACAUCUCAGCUUGUUGCAAAAGUUAAAGUUCUGGAGAAAUAUGAAGAGGAAGUGAAACACACUGCUUCUGUGUCCAGAGAGUGUGAAAAAUUGGAAAACAAAGUCAAAGUUAUGAAAGAGCAACUAAAAGAGGCUAAAGAAAUCACCAACAAAUCAAAGAAGGAAAUAAAUAAAUCGCAAAGGGAGUAUAAUCUACUCGUCAAGUACGCCAAACAAUGGGGGAAAAUGAUUGAAGAGCAAGGAAAAUUCAAUACGUAUCAACGGAAGUUUUAUUCAAAAUUGUGCAACGGUAAAAGUAGAGAAGGCGAUGAUGUCGAUCAGGAUGAUAUCGAGGAAAACGAAACUGAUGAGCAAUCUAAGCUAUUAGAGCAGUUACUGGGCGAAGGAGAUGGGUCUGAUUCCAUGAUAUCGCCACCGGAUAUCCUGCCCAGCGAUUCAGAACUUUUGAAAUGCAGUCGGCAAUCGCCAGACAAAAUCCUUCCUAGCAAACAGGUUAAGCAAACUCGCAUUAGAGCGCAAAGAAGGGACAGCCAAGAUAAUGCAACGCCUACAGUGUUGCAUGAUAAGACGCCAACGCAUAGUCCUUUGACACGGAAACGGACUCGAACAUCAUCACAAAAUUCCAUCACAACGGCCUCGGAUGCGGAUACUGCAACGGAAUCAGAAAAGGAGUAUAAAAAACAUUCAGGGCCUCGCACGCGGUCAAGUCGAUUGAAAAUGACGUCGUUACCUGAGCUUAAAGGACCUGAGCCUAUUCCAACAUCUGAUUCCAUGAAUGUCAUUGCUGAAAAGGCCUUACCUGAAUUGAUCGCUGACAAUCCCUGCCAAUCUAUUUUUCAACUAGAUCCUUCACCUGUAAAGCCAAUUGCGGAGAAACAAUAUUCAAACAAAAAAGAGCAUGUUUUGUCUUUAAGCUCUUCAGAUUCAGAAUCGCAACUCAAACUUUCUACCAAGUCGUCUGGAGAUGUUGCGAUGCAAUCGACCUCGUCGUUUGGAUUCGAGAGCUCUUCUGAUUCCGACAUGGAAAUUGUUCCUGUGCCCAAUUGUAAAUUACGAGAAAGUUCAGGCAUUGAUAUUUCGUGUUCCAGCAUCAAACGUGUUCCCUGCAGUAUUUUUGCAUUGGAAGCGGAUCUCGAUAUGAGUUCCUCCGAAUCGGAAGCGGAAGUGGAAGUGCCUAAUCAAAAGAAAACACUCGACUUCGACACAGAAGCGGUCGAUACGUCACAAGUAGAAAAAAUGGCUGCCGAACAAUCAGAAGAGACUCCAGAAACAGAUUUGAUGACAGUUCUAAAUAUGGUGAAGGAAGCGUCCCCUGUACCAUUGGAAAAGAAUAUCGAGUCUGUUAAUGCUUCUUCUGACGAAGUGUCCCCGACCGAGUUCGAAAUGCCAGAACCAUCGGAAGAAAAUGAAGAAUUCAAUUCAACUGAAAAUCAUAUCGAAGAAAUGCCGUCUGAACAAGCUGAUAUGUCACUAAACCUUGAAUCCGGCAAUAAGCCUAAAUUGCCAGACGAUCGGUAUGAAACGGGACAGAUGACCAUGAAUGAGAAAACCAAAAAAGUCUUUUCACUUGAAGAAACUUCUUCUCCCCAACCAGAAGAGGAAUCCAAAUCUGAUGAUGUGGAUCAAUUGUCGAGUACGAAAUCACCCAUCGAGGUCCAAGUGACUAAAUUAACGGAAGAAAAUCAAAGUGAUGACCUGGAGAUGGCAAUAAAUAUUGGAAACCGCCUUGCUUGCGCCGAAAUUGUUGCUGCUUCGUCCGAAAAACUAGACAACCAAUUUUCUGUCGAGGUUGGUAAGCAAAAGUCUGUAGAAAAUCGAAAUCAAGAUUCUGAAGCCAUAGUCAUCGAUGACAAAACCGAGAAGUUAAGCAACAACUUCUUUGACGAGAUUGAAAACUCAAAGUCGAUGGGAGAUGUUGCUGGUUUCAGUGAAAAUUUCGAAAAAGAGUUACGUCUUGAGGGUGUCGUUGUUCCUUUGGACAAGCUACAAGAAGACCAGGCCGCGAAUGUUGAAUCAUCAACUACGAACCAACUCAAUCAAGAUUUACAAGCAAUGGUCAGUGAAAAACCCGAAAAGGAGAUCCCAACCAAGCAACAAGAAGACCAUCUAGCAAUAGCUGAUAGUGGUGCUGAAUUCUCAACUGAAAGCUUGUCAGUUGAAACUGGUUUGGUUGAGUCCGAGGAAGAUAAUCAAGCAUUUGAAGUGGUUACGAUCAGUGAUAAAUGUCAGGAAAAAUUAUUUGUUGAUGAAAUUAAUGAUCCCUUAGAAACGCUACAAGAAGAUUCCAGUCCGAAUUUUGAGGAAUAUUCGUUGCAAGUCGAAACCGAGAUACUGAAACCCGUGGAGAAUAUUAAAGAAUCACAGCCAGUGAUUAGCGACCAACCUGAGAAAGAGCUACUUCAUGAAGUGGAAGAUUCAUUAGACAAGCCAGAACAAAUCCAGCGAUCAAUAGUUGACAGUAAUGUUGAAUUAUUAAAUCAAACUUUGGUUGUUGAUACUGAUGGACCCACGAAAAAUAUCCAAGAUUUUGAAGUGCCGGAAGUCGACGACAAAUGCGACGAAGAGCCCUUGGAGGAUAAUCAAAAAUCGCAGCCAGCGGUCAGCAACCAACUUGAGAAAGAAUUACCUCGUGAAGUGGAAGAUUUAUUAAAUAAGCCAGAACAAGGUCAGCAAUCAAUAUUUGAUGUUGAAUCAUUCAAUCAAACUUUGGUGGAGGAUACCGGUGAACCCAAGAAAAAUAUCCAAGAUUUUGGAGCGGCAGAAGCUGACGACAAAUGCCACAAAGAGCCUGUGGAGGGCAAUAAAAAAUCACAGCCAGUGAUCAGCGACCAUCCUGAGAAGGAGUUACUUCGUGAAGCGGAAAAUGUAUUAGAUGGGACAGAACACGGCCAGCGAUCAAUAGUUGACAGUAAUGUUGAAUUAUUAGAUCAAACUGUGGUUGCUGAUUCUGAUGUGGCCCAGAAAAAUAUCCAAAAUUUUGAAGCGGCGGAAGUUGACGACAAAUGCGACGAAGAGCACUUGGAGGAUAAUCAAAAAUCGCAGCCAGCGGUCAGCAACCAACCUGAGAAAGAAUUACCUCGUGGAAUGGAAGAUUUAUUAGAUAAGCCAGAACAAGGUCAGCAAUCAAUAUUUGAUGUUGAAUCAUUCAAUCAACCUUCGGUGGUUGAUUCCGGUGGACCCAAGAAAAAUAUCCAAAAUUUUGAAGCGGUGGAAGUUGACGACAAAUGCGACGAAGAGCACUUGGAGGAUAAUCAAAAAUCGCAGCCAGAAGCCAGCGACCAUCUUGGGAAUGAGUUACUUCGUGAAGUGGAAGAUAAGACAGAACGAGGCCAUGAUCAUGAUGAAAGUAAUAUUGAGUCAUUAAAUCAAACUUUGGUGGUUGAUAUCGGUGGGACCAAGAAAAAUAUCCAAGAAUCUGGAGCGGCGGUAGUCGACGACACAGGCGACAAAGAGUUAUUUAAUAGUAAAGCGGUUGAUCCCGUUGAAACGCUACAAGAAGCACCCCAAAUGAAUGUUGCUGAGCCUUCGGACGAAUCUUCGCUAUCGAAAGUCGAGACUGCGGUGCUGAAGGAUACGAAGGAUCUAGAAUUUGAAGUUUCGAAGUCGUCAACUAACAAAUUACCUAUUGAUAUUGAAAAGCAAGCAAAUCGUGAAACUGAAUCCGUCUUCAAAACCAUUGAAUGUCGCAAAGAAAUGGGUACUCAUUGGGAACAACAAGAAGUACAAUCGAUUCCUGUUAUUGAAUCUUUCAGUGAGAAAUCUACCACCGAGGUUAAUGUCGAACCAGGGAUUGUUUCAGUCUUCGAAGCCGUUCAAGAAUUACCUACCAUACCAACAGUGGGAGAAACUGCCUCUCGUGAUUCACCGGAAAUCUUCAAACAAGCAAUUUCAGGUCAAAUUUCGGAAAGCAGCCGUCCUAUACCGUCGAAGGAAGUGCGUGAAAUUGGUAGUUCACAUCAAUUGGGUGAUAAACCAUUGAUAACUGCCCAGCCCACGUUGUCUUUAACAGAUAAUACUUCAGUCAAUAGAGAUGCUUACCCAUCUCUGUUUAACCCGCCAGCUAUUCCAAGGCAGACUAUUACCGAACGAAACAACAGCAGCAUGAUAGACCCUUCAAAAUCGCCUAUGGUUUCUCGAAAUUUAGAAACACCAUCUGCAUUUAAAGUACCGCGAGUCCCAAGUACACCACCUCGAGUCCCAGAUUUAAAUCUGCACUCGAAUUUCCCUUGGAACAGAAGCAUCUCUCAUGGAGUCAAAAGGACGGCCGUCGAUGACGAGGUUGCAGUUAUCUUGAAGCAAAUUCGUACAAAUAUCAUCGAGUUGCCCUCAACCGUUUCGCCUCUGCCCAAAUCACCAGAACCACAACCAAUCGUCCCUAAAAAAAUUGAAGAGCCGAAAUCUCGAUUUCCUGUUUUACCUCGUUGUGCAUUCAACUGGACAGGGAAGAAACUACCUAUGAGUGAUCAAUUAACUGAGCGAUUCGGAGGCUACCUUCAUCCCGGUGUACAUGUUCGCGUUCGUUUCAGGAAAGUCGGUCGUCGUUUACGGGAAAUGCGGUCCCUAGAUAUUCUGAGUCAUUGCUUCCAGGGUGUAACAAACUUCGCGGAGGCUGAAAGAAGACCUAAACCGAUAUUGAGUCCCGUACCUUUUAUUGAAGACGUUGCCGAUGAAGUUGAACCUGAAAAGAAAACACUCGAACGGUCCGGCACACAAUCAAGAAAGUUGUCCGAGAAGAGACCUCUUCUCCCAAAUAGUCUUUUUUCUACUCAGUCCGUUACGAACAUCGAUGUUCAACAACAAAAUUCCAGAUCAUCGAUUACAGCGAAAGGAACUACACCUGUAAGUCGAUCAAAAGCACCGGUACCAGAUCUAUUUGGAUCUGAUUCUUCCUCUUCCAGUGAAUCAGAAUGCGAAUUGGAUACUGCUCCACCGCCCAAUCAAAAAUGUUCGUCAAGAUCUUCGGCAUUCGCUGUUCCGUCUCCUAUCCAAGAAUGCCUCAAAAGACCUCCAACAACUAGAAAUCUAAAAGAAAAGCAACCCGAACCUGGCAGUGGUAUCAAGCAGUCUUCGCAGCUUUCUAAUUCUUCCAGAACUCAAGCAUUGGCUCAACUUGUGGAUUCCAUGAUCCCGUUGGGCAGGGGCAGCCGGAAUGACAGUUUCGUGGCUGCUAAAAAGAAUGAGCUACGACGAGAUCUAGAAUCGCCAACCACUGAUCAAACUCGCUUUGGAUUAGGGAGAGGACUCAAAACGACUCAACACACGAUCUCCCCGUUCUCAGAUUCCCUUCUUUCUGCAGUAGGCAAAGCCAAAACUCCAGUGGGUCGAGUAGUCGCUCCUGUAAAACGACCAUUUAAACAGCCUGAAGUUCCCAACGCACCAGUAGUGAAAACCCCGUACCUUCCAGACAGUUCAUCGCCUUUAAAUGAAGGUCCAUUCAGAAAACGAGUCUCUCAUACCUUAAAACGAAGCUUAGAACCUGAUCCGGCUGAUCCUAGUGUUUUGCCAGCUACCAAACGUGGGCGAACUCUUCCUGAAGUAACACCUCCAGCGCCAAGUCCUCCGACGCCAAGUCCUCCGACGCCAGUUCCCGACAAGGUACAAUCAGAAGAAAUUCCUAUUAGCGCGAGAACAAGGCAAAAGGGGAAGACAUCUUGUCGCAUUAAACUACAAGAAAUGGUCAAAUUGGACGUAAAAAAAGCACCAUCAAGAAAUGAAAAGUUAAGGCAGAAGACGACCGAAAAAUCACCGAAUAACGCAAGUAAACGGUUUAAGAGAUUAGAAGUAGAGAACUCUACUAGUGAAAGCGAAAACGAGAUGGAGGUAAACACGGAUGAGACGGGACAGUCUUCCAGCUCAGAAAAAGAAGAAAGAAGUUUGAAUUCGGACAAGUCAGAUAGUUGUGAUUCAUCCAAUGAAAAGGGAAGGAGCCCAGUUCAAUUACCUAACAGCCCCCAAUCACCGCACGUGGAGGAAAGUACUGUACCACUGGAAAUGGAAGAAAGUUCCAAGUUAUUGGAUGUUGACGAAAGCCCCAAGUCUCCUUUUGUUGAAGAAAGUCCCAAGUCACCUGAUAAUGACGAAAGUCCCAAGUCUCCUGACGAGAAAUCAUUAGACGAGCAUGAAAGUUCGAACGCGAAAACCGUAGUGGAGAUUCCAACUUCGGGUCCUACAGAGAGUGAACAACAUCAGCCUUCCGCUUUUGAACUAGUUUACAACGACCUUCAGAAGGCCCCCCUUGUCCAGCCAAAGGGCAAGCAAGCCAAGGGGACUAGCAAAUUGAAAAAGGAAAUUAACCUUGUUGUGCUCAAUUUUUUUAAAGAGCCCGAAGUCGACGAUGAGUUUUUGUGCAAUUUAAUUGAACGAGUAUUGCGACCUGACUCUAUGAAUGAUCCUUCCUUCUUUAUUCGGAGUUUAAUAGCUAAGGUUAUCCAUGGCUGGGAUGAUCUUAUUGAUACAACAAACACUCCACCUGCUCCGCCUAUGGCGGUUGUGCAUCAACGAUGUGUCAUAGCACUUCAAAAAUUGGACGAGGCGAACGCUAAGAAGCAAGUCGAGCCAAGCGUUAACCCGAAUAUGAUUAGCGACCUAUUUCUUAGUGAAAGUAGCGCUACUAUGUUCAAGACGGAACAGACUCUUACGUUGGAGGAAAUGUGCUCACUUUCGCGUGCUUACACGGCUGUUUGUCGGUCUCGAGGUUGUUUGGCUAAAGCGAGAACAUUUUUAUUCGAUUGUGUUUAUUUCAUGCCACCACGCUCGUACGCUUUGACCUAUACUAUUAUGACCGUCUGGGCUGAUGUUCUUCGUCAAGUCUCAUUCCCCUUAGGUACUUCUUGUGUUGAUCAGACCAUCGCUUACUGUUUGUUGCAUAACUGCAAAGUAAAGGCCGUCCAGGGAAUUUCUGGAAAGGUGAUACAAGCACGUUCGUUCCUUCAAAACACAUAUGAAUACAAAAAUACGACCCGAACUGUCGACGAUCUUGUGGACUAUUUGAUGACUCGUUUCUAUGAAACCAACUCUAGAGAUGAAGCUUCGAGUUUAAGUUGGAGUUUGGCUUUGCUGGCUCGUUGGGAGGGAGUCGAUUUCACCAUUCAAUUAAUUGAAAAGAAACUCUGGCCUUUUCUUCAACGCUGGAGUUCAGGAGAGGGUACAAAUAAUGCUGCUGCUGCAGUCAUUAUUACAAUUGGAAUUAUUGGUAAAACGGUACCUGCUAGCAAGCGUGCUGGAGUGAAAAGUGUUCUCGAUGCCAUGAAAACUAUACUUCAAUCCGAAGAAACCGUUCCGCCAGUUCAAGAGGCUGCUAUUGAAGCUGUUAUUCAUCUAGGCGAAACUGAUGAUCCAAAAUCAAUUAUCGAAAUCGUGAAAAGUUGGAAAAUUGAAAAUACUUAUUUAAGCCAACAUAUGCGACUGGUGCUUAAGGCCUUUUUAAAACGUCAUUCCGACCUCUGCGUUGUCUAGUCAUAAAUUAAGGAAAAAAUUGAAGUACAACAGUGAGGAAGGGAAAGACAAAUGAUAGAAGCACCGGUCUGGUAUAGUCGUGUCAAAUCACCGGUUUUAUGAUAAUUCCCUGCUCCAAAUACACUCAUUAACAUAGAAAUAAAAUGUGGCCUGUGAUUUGAUUAAAUUGCCACACUUGCGUGAGUGUUCCUGUGUAAAUCUUCAUGAUACUCAUUUAGCAACAAUAUACCAGGUAAUAUGUUGUCAACUGAA